AUGCAUUAUGCCCCUGUUUCUCUGAGAUGCAAUCUUACAACUCAUCAGAGAAUCCACACAAGAGAGAAACCUUACAAAUGUAGUGAAUGUGACAAAUUCUUUUUCAUGAAAUACCAUCUAACAACUCAUCAGAGAUUCCACACUGGAGAGAAGCCUUACAAAUACCCUGAAUGUGAAAAAUAUUUCACUCAGAAAUAUAAUCUUAUAACUCAUCAGAGAGUCCACACAGGAGAGAAACCUUACAAAUGUAGUGAAUAUGACAAAUUCUUUUCAAUGAGAUGCAAUCUUACAACUCAUCAGAGAAUCCACACAGGAGAGAAACCUUACAAAUGUAGUGAAUGUAUCAAAUCCUUUAACACAAAUGACCAUCUUACAGCUCAUCAGAGAAUCCACACAGGAGAGAAACCUUACAAAUGUAGUGAAUGUGGGAAAUCCUUUAACACAAAAGACAAUCAUAGAGCUCAUCAGAAAAUCCAUACAGGAGACAAACCUUACAAAUGUAGUGAAUGUGACAAAUCCUUUUUCAAGAAAUUCCAUCUUACAACUCAUCAGAGAUGCCACACUGGAGAGAAGCCUUACAAAUGCCCUGAAUGUGACAAAUCCUUUUCCAGGAAGUUCUAUCUUACAACUCACCAUAGAAACCACACAGGAGAGAAACCUUACAAAUGUAGUGAAUGUGGCAAAUCCUUAACCAGAAAACGAAGUCUUAUAACUCAUCAUAGAAUUCACACAGGAGAGAAACGAUACAAAUGGAAACUGAAAGUCCGGAGCCGCAGUGUCCGCGCGGGGCGGGCGGCCUGGGAAAGUCAGCAUCAGCAGCAGCGCAGUGGCGGGAACCGCAGCCCGGCGGCCCUGGAACCUCCCAGGUCAGAGGAGCCGCGGGGCUGGGACCCGGGAGGGAGGGGCGGGGCUGUGCCCGCUGAGCUGCUCACAGGGACACUGUCAGCUCUGCAGGCGCCCGGGGCGGGGAGGCUGCUGCUCAGGUCGUCACCAGUGGCCUGGUGUGGUCCUUUCCGUCCUAAAGAGCCCGGCUCCUCCCCUCGCGCCCCUUAA